UAUCAGUGGGUGUGGCCUUGCUGCCAGACGUGUGUAGUGGUUGUUAACUUGUGUUUUUAACCAACUAUGGUUAAAUAUACCAAUUUAACAUUGAAUUUAACGUUAAUAUUGACCAUCAGAACUUGUGUCAGUUUAAAAUUGGAUCCAAAGCUCUGUGAAAAUGUUAAAAAUUGUUACCACAAUCAAUCUGGCCUAUGUGGCCAUGAGGAAAAUAUUUUGUCUUGUGCCUCUCAGUUAAGGAGCGCUGAAAACAUCAAUGGAAGUUGUCAGGUACAGCGAAUUACUAAAGAGUGUUACCUGGAUGCACCACUUUUAUCUGACCCACGAACACCGCUGGUUAAUAUACGAAUGUACCUUGAGAGGAUUUGGAUGGCCAACAGAUCAGUUCUCAACCUAACAUUUCCCUCACCUGAGUGGACUAGUCUGAAAUUCAGGUAUCAAGGUCUAGAUGAUGACAGUCUUAAGCUGUGCAGGCAUUUCUACCUUUCUGAUGUGAACUAUCCACUGACUGAUGACCUAAUAUGGGAUUGCACUAUCUUUCAACAUGAUAAUGAAAGAGACUUAUCAUUAACUGUAGUCAGCGGUGAAAGAAAAGGCGGAACAUACUAUUUCAAUGCUCCAGAAAGCAGACGGAUUGAUCCUUUGGAAACCAAGCUGCAAGACUGGAAGGUGUUCUUCUUUCUUCAUAUGGACCAUGUGGGAAGGUCACAAUAUCUUCCUGUAACUGUGCAGUUGGCACCAUUCAAGGAUGUAUCUUACAAUAUUUCACUUGUCCAUUGUGUGAAUAAUGACCACCAUUGCUUGGAGUCAACUACACUUACUAAUAUCCUAAUUAGUGACCCUCAAAAGUCAGCAGAUUGUGAAGGUGAUCAGUGUAUAGUAUAUUUACUGUUAUGGGCCAACCCUGGUAGAUAUGCUGUUACUGCACAAAUUGUCUCACAAGAAUGUCCUAACAAUGGCUGCUUCACAUCUAUUUCUCCAACUUUCAGUGUAGAGCCGAGCCAAGUGGGAAUCUGGAUAACUGUUGCAUUUGCUUUUGGUCUGAUUUUUGUACUUACCUUCGCUCUCACACUUCACCGUCGCAUUAGGCAGAAUAAAAAUCUGUUGCUUGGCUUGAAGGAGAAGCAGCCCACAGUACUGUUAAUAUAUCUGGCUGAAAAUCAACGCUGCUGGGAUUUAGUCAAUAUGCUAGCAGUUUUCCUGAACGAAGUUUGUUAUGUUUACCCAUAUGUCAUAGACAAUGAUGUGGGCAGUCAGGAUCCCAACUUCUGGACAAGCGAACGCAUGAACCAAGUUGAUCGCUUGGUGUUUCUUGUGCCGGGUGACCCAGACAGUGAGAGUGUCACUCCCAUCAGGGACCACUGGACAUAUGCUCUUAAGUACUUCACUGGACAUUACUUUGCUACACACCAAGUCACAGACAAGGUUGCCACUGUCAUCUUUCCCUUCAGUGCAGAUGUGCCUAGUCAGAUUGCUAAUGUGCAGCGCUUCAAGCUGGUGAAAGAUAUGGAUUUACUGGUAACUUGGAUACAUCGUGGAACCUGGCUGGAUUGUAAGUUCCUGUGGGAGCCACAGAUCAAGUCACCAUGCCAGAAGGAGGUCACUUACACAUUGUCAGACAUUACCAAGACUGUUAAUAAUGUUGUGAUAGAAAAGCUUUAUUGUAUUUAUAAAAUGAAGAGGAACCUAAAUGAAAAAAAUGCAACUAAUGACUUAGUUGAAAAGUUGUAUGCCUCACAGACUGCUUCAACUGUACAUGAUAAGUGCAGUGAGAGACAAAACUCUUACACUGCAAGUGAAGUUGCUUGUGAUUCAAGUGUGGAAGUGUUUGAUCCAGAAGUGCCAAACAUAGAGCAGUUGUCUUUGCUGGGAGAGAAAACCAAUAGAUCACCUGAUGAGCAGUCAUCAAAUGAAUCCUCUGAUGAACCAGAUGACAGUAUCUUUCUCUGAAUCUUCAACCUUCAAGAUGUCUUCUUGCUCAUGAAUAAUAAUAAUAAUGAUAAAUUUUUAUUUCAACAAGCUACAAUGAAGGGCUAACGAUCUAAGGAACUGGAGCAGACUUCCCUCUCUUGGCUUCCACAUUAUUCCUUCCCAUUUCUCUGGUGCUAGGGAAGAGCUAAACCCCUAUGCGUUUAGUUCUUGCCCAUGAAAGUAUAAUAAUAAUGAGGGAUACAAAAUAUAUAUUUUUAUAUUUAUAAAAAAAUUGUUUCUUAAAAUGUGUGAAUUUUUGUUACAAAAAAUUAUUGAAAAAGAACUGAGAUUUAAAUAUUGUAUUUUUUAAAUUUGUCACAUGCUGGUGAAGGGCUGUUGAUCCAGGGAAAUAGGUCUGCUCUCUCCUUGGCUCAAACCCAAUUGUCUCCCGUUUCUUUUGCACUGUAAGAUAAAAGAAGAUAGAUAA